UAGAGAGGACUAGCUUGGUGGAGGUGUUUGCUGUCUCUAUAGACUCACCCCAUUUCUAGUCAUACAUGCUAAAUAUAAGCAUCAAACAAACACCAAGAUAAUGAUAUGGGCUCUGCCUUUGAAGAACUCAAAAUUUAAUUGUGUUUAACCAUCUAGAAAACAAAAGAAAAAUGGGGUGACACGAAGGUCCGCGUAAGGGAGAUCUGCGGCAGGGCGGAGCCGGCAGGUGGCCUGGCACGCGGCACCCCACAGAGGCGGAGGCCCACUUAGGCGGGCUCUGGCACUCCGGCCUGCGGGGCCGCUCUGCGCAGGCGCGGCAGCAGCGCGACGUCCUUCACUUACGGCCGAAGCGGUUCGCGCUGGGAGUCGGUGGCGCCGUACAGGGCACUUAGGAACCGACAGCAUUGGCGCGGACUGGUAUCCGGUUGAUUGCAGUUUGCAGGGUCAGCCAUGGAGUCAGAGCAGAUGCUGGAGGGACAGACCCAGGUUGCAGAAAACCCUCACUCUGAGUACGGGCUCACAGACAGCGUUGAGAGAAUAGUCGAAAAUGAGAAGAUCAAUGCAGAAAAGUCAUCGAAACAGAAGGUGGAUCUGCAGUCCUUGCCCACCCGUGCCUACCUGGACCAGACAGUUGUGCCUAUCUUAUUACAGGGACUUGCUGUUCUUGCAAAGGAAAGACCACCUAAUCCCAUUGAGUUUCUAGCAUCUUAUCUUUUAAAAAACAAGGCACAGUUUGAAGACCGAAAUUGAUUUCUUGGGAAGAGAAGAAACAUUUGGUUGCUACUGUAGAUUUACAUGAUUACGAGGCAGCUUUAAUGCCGUGAUUCCCCGCCCCACUCUGGAAGUCUAAGAACCUUCAGGACCACAGAACUCCCUUCUGGAGUUGCAGAAGAGAGCAUAUCCUUGUCUGAUUUAAUCGCCAUACUUAUUUAAUGAGUAUCAUCUGUGCAAUUUUUUUCUCAGAUUGUCUUUUACUUUGUUUUUAAAAAGACCUUCAGAAUAAACUGUUAAAACACCU